AUGCAAAGAACGAAGCGUUUGUUUAGCAAAGGGAUUAUUUUAAACCCCAAAAUGGUAACCCAAUCGCAGUUUAGUCAGAUACAAUUUCAGGCGGUGUUGAACAAUUUUUCCAUGCUGUACAACGUAAUGAAGGCGGUGAAUUUUGUCGAUAAUGCAAUAGUACAGCUAAGCAACGAUGGUAUGAAGGUGAUCGUGGAGGAUGCGAAAAGUAUCCAGGCAUCGGCGUACAUUACUCGGGCCUGUUUUUCGGACUUCAAGCUUGCCAUGGCUAAACCACCCCCGUCAUCGGACACAGCGGACACCCAGCUUUUCGUUGCGUUCGGAUUAAACCUGAAGGUGUUUACCGAUUGUCUGAGUAUGUUUACCGCCGGGGAUUACAAUUCGAGCCUUAAAAUGAUCCAAAAAGGCACUGGAGCACCGUUGAUCGUAAUACUGGAGCAGCAUGGCGAGGAUAGCCUUAUUACGGAGUGUUCCGUGCGAACGAUGGAACCGUUUGACUUCAUGGAGCUUGAUUUUGAAGAUGAACAACAAAUAGUGAGCAAGAUCAAUGUGAAGGGUGCGGAGUUUUUCCACCUGCUGAGUGAGAUGGAUCGCAACUGUGAUGAGAUUGAGGUGGCCAUUUCUCCGGAUGCGCCACAUUUAAAGUUUCAUUCGUUUGGAGAGUUGCAUUCGGAAACUAGUGUGGAAAUAACCAAUACCAGCGAUAUGCUUAUCACUUUUAGCUGCAACGACGCUAGCCGUAAUCGGUACAAAUUUCAUCACUUUCGGCUAGCUAUGCGGACGCUAGCAUUAUCGUCGAAAGUUGCCCUGCGUACCAACAGCGAGGGUUUGCUCGGAUUGCAAGUGAUGAUAGAAAAUAGCGAUAGUUCGCACAUUUUUGUGGAGUACUUUAUCUUACCGCUGAUGUCGGAUGACGAUCAAACAACGAUAUAAAAUUUUCUGCAUCUUAAUGUUCACUGAUCUGAUACUAAAACCAACGCAAUAAAACCAGCGUAGAGUAAAACGGUGUUUUUUUCCUGCAGUAAAAAUAACGGUUUUUAUUCAUUUAAAUCAAUUGCCAUUUUUAACGAAAGAACAAACUCAUCGAAAGUAAGU